UUUGGAUGUUGCUAGAGUGAUAGCAGAUUUGCAGAAUGUGAAAGCUCCUGACCUUCUAGCUUUUUGACAAGCACCUGACAUGGAAAGUGACUGAUGUAAGGAGAACAUUGUAGGGAUACCCAAAGGGGAAACAAAUCUGACCAGAGUGUACCCUCUGACUCAGAGAGCAUCUGAAGUUCACAGACAGGGUCAGGACUAAUGAUGGAGACUACGUACCAAGAAACACCAAGUGAACCAUUGGAGAACUCAAAAAAUUCUGAAAUAUCUGUUGAAAAUACAGACAAUGUUAGUGAUGUCAAAAAUGAUGGUCUAUCAGAAAUAUCAGAUAAUCAGAAGCAAAAUCACGAACAGCAGGAAUCGCUGGUGCUGAAUCAGGAUGUUUCCAUGGCAACAGAGAACAUGGAGGUGGAUAGAUGCAGUGAUGAACUAAGGACUGAAGAGAGAGAGGAAUCUGAGACUUAUGGUGAUAAAAAGGAUAACACUAGUGAUAACACAGAGGAUGUCAAUGAUGACAAUAAAUCAGACGGUGUGUUAAACCCUGAGAUGUAUGUUGAAAGUACAGUGGAAUACGAUGUCAGCAAACCUCCUGUACAGAUUUGUGGAGCCUGGGCAGAGUUCUCACAGACAGACAACUUCCUCAGGGGAUGUAAGUGGCAAUGGCUCUUCCCUCCCUCUUCUUUAGGUCACCAGAUGGCAGUUGCUUGA